CUCUUCCGCUUCCACUGGCGCUGAGCUCCUCCGCGUUGUGGAGGGGCGCGUCUGCUGCAGCGGCGCAGGCAAGCGGGCCUCAGAUUGCAAACAGAACACCAUGCCUGCUCAGGGAAUGAAGGGAUCAGUCAGGAAAUCAAAGCAAAUUAUUGUUAAGACAUCUUUAAACAGCCCUUAUGCACUCCAGUGGAGUACCUUGGACGGAACAGAUAUGCAUUUCGUACUGGAGGCCUUGGAAAAUGUUAUGAAACAGGUUGGAUUUAAAAAGAUAGAGUGUCGGAGGAAGAAAAAACCCUAUUUUGCAAAAAAGCAAGAUAAAGAACAGUGCCAGGCUAGUUCCAGCAAACCUCCAAAUGAAAGUGAAACAGAAGACCCCAAAGGAGCACACGGGUGGACUGAUUUGACCAUCAGAGGCCAACUUGCUAUUGGGAUCAAUGAAGUAACCAGAGCUUUGGAAAAAGAUGAACUACUCCUAGUGCUGGUGUGUAAGUCUGCCAAACCUACCAUGAUCACAUCGCACCUUAUUCUGCUUAGUGCAAGUCGGGCCAUCCCUGCCUGUCAGGUUCCCCGCCUCAGUGAAAGGCUCGCACCAGUUCUUGGCUUAACAUCAGUCCUAGCACUGGGGUUUAAACGGAGCACCGAUGCCUUUGCAGAAGUGGCUAAAGCAAUCAUUCCACGACUACCUAGCUUGGAUGUGCCAUGGAUUCAACACGGAACUGAACAGUCCCUGGGAAGUGAAGAGAUUCAGCCAAUGGAUUUGCAGGCAGGUGAGCUGAACCAAUCGGAACCUGGAGAGCACCCUCCAAGCCACAAGCAGAAGGGAAUGGACAGCAGCAGGCUUCUCUCCCCCACUACGAUGCUGCAACCACUCAAGGUUAAAAAAAUUAUUCCCAAUCCAAACAAGAGAAGAAAACUUCCCAAAACUAAAAAACGGAUUUCAAAAUAACUGAUUAGAUUGGUUUGGUCCCUAGAUCCAAGUCUGCAAAAACGACAAUGAACGUUCAGAGCACCAAAGUCUUUACCAGCCCCCUUUUCUUUUACAGCCUCCAGGAAUGGUACAGGGAGUUGAAGACGGAGGGGCUAAAUCUGGAAAUUUUAACGUCUUAAAUAGAAGGCAUGUGUACAAGCAAGGGUUUGGAUCCAGCUCACUAUGCCUAAGGAACACCGUUUACUGCUUUAUAUGUAUGAGAUCGAUGUUAUAAUAAAUAUUGA